GAGGGGCGCCGGGGGGGCCCGGGGCCACCCCGCACCGCCCCUUCCCCGUGCCGCGGCCCGCCCUCGCCGACUCCGUCAGGGGCGAGGCCGGUGCCGGCAGCCGCCACAUGAGUCCGGCGCGGCCGCCCCGCCGCUGGCAGCGGCCUCGGCCCCGGCCGGGGCCGCUGCUCCUCCUCCUUCUCCUCCUCCUCCUGCCGGGGGCAGCCGGGGGCAGCGGGCAGGCGCCGUCAGCAGGUAGAAACUGUAGCUUUUUGCAGGAAAUGGAUGUCAUCCAGAAACAGGAUGAAAACUGUUAUUGCUAUGUGCAAAACAGAACCAUUCACUUACAGUACAUUUGGUCAACUCUUCAGGUAACAGUUAACAGCAGAGAAAUGUUCAGGUUUGAGCCAAUUUCAGAAAAAAGCAACUGUCGUAAUUCAGAAACUGUUUUUGAGUUUGCUGCAUGUGCUAUUCAAAUCCUCCGGAAACCAGAGACAUCUACAGUAACUUUCAUAAGCAUAAAACAAUAUGGAGAGGAUAUUUGUUUCAACAUACAGCCCUUUAAAAACGAACCGUACACUGUGAGUGUGAAACGAGAAAUGCUAGAUGGAAAACUCUUGCUUUUGUUUGUAGCUGGAAUUUUUCUGUACCAUUUUGCAAACAGCCUGAGCAGGAGUACCAAGUUCUUUUACCUUUCUGGAAUAAUACUGGGUGUUCUUGCUCUACUAGUCUUUGUCCUGUUGACACUUAAAAGGUUUAUUCCAAGGCACAGUACCUUCUGGAUCUUAAUGAGUGGCUGCUGGAUGUCCUCCCUCUAUUUUAUUUACUGCUUCAAAGAGAAUAUGCAGUGGUUGUGGUCUGAACACAGAAACUACUUGUUGGGGUAUUUUCUGGCUGUUGGAAUUAUCAGCUUUGCCACUUGCUAUCAGCACGGACCGCUUACUGCUGAACUGAGCGUAACCUUGUUCAUGUGGACCCUACAGUUAACAGCCUUUGUCUUGAUUUAUUGUGGUGUCACCAUACCUCAAGUUGCGUACGCAGUAAUAGCAGUCAGCCUCUGCUCAAAAGGCCUGGGUUACCCGCUUGGUGCUGCUUGUCACAUAGGCAGAAAAAUUAAGAACCACUUUAAAUCAAAGAAGUUAGUGUUCAGAUGCCUUACUGAAGAGGAGUAUCGAGAACAAGGUGAAACAGAAACUAUCAGAGCUCUGGAGGAGCUACGCUCAUUCUGCAGGAACCCUGACUUCCCAUCAUGGUUAACUGUAUCCAAACUCCGGUCCCCACAUAGGUUUGCAGGUUUUGUUCUGGGAUCUCCCCACAUCUCACCUGCAGAAACAAAGGCGCAUGAUGAGGAAUAUGGCAUUGGGAGCUCCUUUCUGGAAGAGCAGCUCUUUGAGACAAGGGCAGAAUCUGAGCAGGAUGACCCAGCCAAUUCCAUCCAUGAAGGUGAUGAGGAGGAUGAAGAUGAAAGGCAUAGACAAGUUUCAUUUCCAUAUGCUACUGAGUUGCUCUGAGCUUUGGGAAAUAACCAAAAAAAAAAAAAAAAAAAGAAAGGAAGAACACGUGUCCUAGAAAGGAAGGAUACAGACUAAGAACAUGCGUGAUGAUUUCUUGUGGUUCCUGGUGGGCAAACAAGGAUUUUUUGAAAAAAAUGUUUCCUGUGUCAUUGUUGUUGCCUGAGUAGAGCAUCAGAAGGAAACCACAUGGAUUGUUCAACUGAAGAGGAUUCUCAUGAUAUUGGUACGUUGACUGGGAAAGUAAACGUUGCUUAUUUCCUAAGCAGGUACUGGCAGCACCCUGUCCCACCAGGAUGCCUUGUUUUUUCAAGGAUACUACCUCUAGAGAACAGAGACUGUUUUGGCCCUCUUCAUAGUGAAGUCCUCUGUGCUGAGCACUAGAUGGAGGAGAAGCCAUUAUUAAUACUCUACUGUUCCUAAGUACCCUAUGCGUCAACAAUUUUAAUAAUGCUGUUAGUGUGCUGAUUAUUUAUUGUUAUCGUUAGUGAGACUUUUCAGUGCUAAGAUCAGUAGAGAGUUAACACAGUUGAAUGAGGUUUGUUGGCUCUUCUGGCUAGGCUUGCUGUCUGUUAGCUUCAUUUUGCCUCUCCAUGUUUGCUUUAAGCGCCUCUUACUCUUCAGAACCCUGCCUAACUUUUCAGCCUCUGCUUAUAUUGUUCUGGUUUUGGUCUCUGCUCUAAUUAUACUGCACUUGGUUCCUUUCGUGUCUUUGUUUCUUCACAUACUCUUCUUCCCUUUUCUACAGGUCCCUCUCUCCUGAACCUUUCCUCAGCCCUCUGCUUCUCCACCUCUGAGUUCUGUAGAUGAUUUAGGAGAGGAUUUCUGUCCCCAAAUGUGUUUUUCCUGUUGCGUUCAGUUUCACUGCCACCUUACCUCAGACAGGGCCUGCCUUCCAUUCCAGGCUUCUCAACAGCCCAGAGAAGGCAACAAAGGCUGAGGCUGUUUCAGCUGCUCAGAACUGCUCUGUCAGCAGGGCCGGAGUGAUGCUGUAACCAUGUAAUUGGGAGUACAGAUAACCCACGUCUAGCUCCGCUGCCCUCAGAGUACUCGGUAGUUCGCUGAUUGAAUAAAAAGUGGAAAGUAAUUCCUGGCAAAAUGAGGAGGGGGGGAUACCUGGCUCCCACCUCCCCUUCUUCAGUCCUCUUCGGGACUUGGCAUAGGAGGUGUGUGGAAAAGAAAAGAACAGGGACAGACGUUUAGACAGUCAGAUGUCCUUCAGCAUAUGUAUUACACAGUCCUAGGCUAGGGAGUAGAUCACGUCCCCUCAGUUCAUCCACCUGCAGAGGUAAUUUCCUUCUUUUGUUCUUUAGACUAUUGCUAUAUUCUUUUAUCCUCACCUUCAUGUCUCCAAACUGCAGAAAACAAAUGACCAUUAAUUCUGUCACUGUCUUAUCUUACAAACCCACCAGUGUGGGUGGUGGGAAGCAGUUAGCUCUCCAGAAGCGCACUUCAGACCAGGAUGUAUUUGUUUUCUAAGGGCUAUCUUUGUAACAUGCCCAGGGAUGCAGCGUAACUUCAGCAGUGCAUUCACUGUCGUGGUUUCUCAUCGUCCAUCGGUGGACAAGGGAGAAAAUCUGUUACCUCUGACAGUGCUGGGAAGUGCUGCUGUACCACGUCCCAAGAGCUCCUCUGUAUAAAAAGACUCAGAGUUCAUGCUUGAAAGCCUUAUUUACAAGGUCCUUCCUCCUUUAUAUUCCUUCCUCCUUUAUAUUCCUUCAAUUUUGCUUAAUUUUAAAAGGAACUCUUCCAUUUUACAGUAAAGAGACAUAUUCCACCCUUUUGUGCCAUAAAUUUAUAAAUACGUAAGCAGAAUCUAUAGCAUGUUUAGCAGAGAGACGGCCUGUCAAGCAGGUGAUCCAAAGUACGCUCACUGGUAAGUCCACAAGAGCAAGGGAGUUCUGUUCAGGAAGGCUGCUGGCAGCAGGAGCCACCUCUAAGAGAGGCUGCUACUACCAAAUUCACUGUUAGUUUGCCAGCCACACUCCGGAAGGCGGGCUUGGCUUGGGGCGUCCUGUCACUAGCCGGAAGCAUUGGCUAUUGUGAAAACGGAGGAAAGCCUCAUUAACUCUGAUGGUUUGGAAGGCUGGAAAGAACUCUGAACAGUUGUCUUGGUACACUAAAGAUUUAUUUUACCUUUGCCUUUGUUGCCAUCAUGAAAAUGAAGUACUCAAAAUUACUACACAUCAGUCAGAAAAGGCUACUUUAAGAGAUGUCUUAAAUGUUUUUCGCAUGUUUUAAAGCACGCAAGUUUUUUCAGUGUACUUUGUAGCUAGCUAAGAACUCCCAUCCAUGUGAUUUGAGGUCAAGGGGGAAAAUCACAUUUAUCCUAGCUUAAACCCACAGUUUUGCUUGAUUUCCUCUCUUUACUGAGCUAGUGAUGAUUAUCCUUCUAUAAGUACAUUUGAUGUAUUUAUAUACAAUAGCCCAGAUAAUACAUUAUGAUAAUAUUUUACCUAUGCAAUAGGUUAAAUGGAAAAGCCCCCAAAAACCAGGUAAUUACAUUUUUCAGACACUGUCCCUUCUUAUAAAUUAUUCGGAAUGCCACCAGGUACACCUACUCGCACAAGGAAAAAAAAAAAGAAAACCCAGAGAAACAAAACCAAAACCCACCACCAAAACCCAACCAAGCUACGUUUUAUGUAGUUGCAAAGUCCACUGUUUCCGAGGGAUGAGUAAAUACUAUCACCGGUAGAGCAGGACACUACUAAGUACAUGCAAGACAGAAAUGCAGCAGCACAUGAGAAGGAUGACAACUGCUUGGGUGGGUAGCUGAGACUGACCUUAAACAUCCCGCCAAGCCUGUUCCAACACUGGAAGCAUUUGAUAAACCCCACCAAAACCUACUGCUGUCGUUUGAGCCCUUUGCCAAUGGCGAGUUUACUUGCACAGUGCUCCUGUGAUGUAUGGAGCUUACGUGGGUUUACUGAAACACAACUGUUAAGUAUUGUCCAGUGUUCAGCCAGAAAAUCUGGGAACAGACUCUAGAUGUUAAUCUUUUGCCUUAACUGUUAUAAAAGCUUUUCUUCAUUCAUGAAGGAUGAGUUACAUUUGUCUUCUGUUUCGUGGUGUUAGAAUUUUAUAUUUAUUUUGUAUUCACGGUACAUCAUACUCGAUAUAUGAUCUUGCACUUUCAAGAUUAUUUUUUUUUUAAAUAAAAGUAUUUUUCAACUC